AUGUCGUUCCUGAGUGCCAUAGGAAACAUGUUUAGAGAUGCUGGGUUACAGGUAUAUGUUCUCUUUUAUACAUUUGUGAGAAAUAUAACUUUACAGUAUUAAGGUAGCUGUAUUUUUGUAAUAGUGAACUUGCAUUAUUUAGGACAUACUUAUCGAAUCCGAUGUUGUUGGACAAGGGCAAAUUAAAGGUGUAAUGACUGGAAAGCAUUAUAAUAGAAGUAUGCAUUGCCACAAAGUAAUGAGCGAAGCCCUGCACAGACUUCGAUUCCAAGCAUUCUUAGAUAGUGUUAGUGAUGAAGAGUCCGCUAAUAUCUACUCAGUCGUGUCUGACCUGCUGAAUAAUUUUCCAAGCGAGGAUUUUCAGGAGAAACUUACUGCGGAACCAUUCUCGGAAAUUCUUGAUAAGUAUGAGGACUUUGUGGUUCAGGAAAGUGAAUGUAACCCGACGUUUUCAUUGUGGAGUACCUACCUUGAAAUGAUCGGUAUUCUUCUUCAAUUUGUACGGUGAGCUUAUUAAUUGAAUUGCGAAGGUUUGCAACUAAAAUAUUUUUAGUCCUCAAGCAGCUUUUUUGCUCAUAAGUUGCAUUAGGGAAAUAAAAUGUUUUGACUCCUUUAGUGCUACACGAGAAGGAAAUUGGGAACUUCAUCUAUCAACAAUGCGUUCAAUGCUGACAUGGUACAUUGGAUGUAAUCGAGUGAAUUAUUGCCGUUAUGGAACGGCAUAUUGGCUUGAAAUGAAAGACUACAAGAGACACAUCCAGGUAAUACACGGUUAAUGCAGCCAUAUUUUUCAUUUGAUACUUAGUCUAGCACUCACAAUUGUAGUAUCGCAAUGAAAAAUAGGCUGGUACACUGAGUGGUGUGAAAUCAUUACAUGCUACUGAAUUAAUUAUGUGAAUAGGUACUUGUUUGCACCCUUUUUCCCGUUUUUAGCAUUAUUGAGAGAUCUUCGCGAUCAAUGGACAGUGUAACGCCAACAGAAUCAUGGGUUUUCCUCUGUCGCAUGCGAUAUGACUAUUGAACAAACCUUAAAUAGAGAUUCAAAAACAAAAGGAGGUAAGAAUAAAUUCAUUUACAGUUCGCCAGUGGUAACUGUACCCACUCUUAAGAGUACAUAUUCUUAAUAUUUCAGGAAUGGUUGGAAUAACGUUAAACAGGGGUGCUAUGCAACGAUGGAUUAUUGCUCAAUCUGAUUAG